AUGUUCCAACAGCACUGUGGAAUCGACACCUCUGAAAAUGGCGAGGGCGGCAAAGUUGGGGAGGCCAUCUACGUCGGAACGGCGCUCAGUCAGGCGCCAGAGCCAAAACUCAGGACCGGGUCUGCCGAUAACGUGGACGCCGACGUGUGCGGCUACAACUGGAUCCACCACAACGCUUUCCGCACGUACGGCAACGAGUGCGUGGAUAUCAAGGAGGGCAGCGCCAACAACCUUGUUGAGAACAACGUCUGCGAGCAGCAGUUCGACCCCAACUCGGGCUGCGUCGGCUCCCGUGGGUCGGACAACACCUUCCGAUGGAACGAGAUCGCCGAAUGCAAGGGAGCAGGGAUUCGCGUGGGUGGCGAGGAUGGAUACGGAGAGGGUAACCACAUGCACGGCAAAACCAUUAAGAACGCCGAGAAGGGCGCGUUUAACGUUAUGUCUCCCAACCAGGGCACGGUUUGCGAGACCAGCAUCUCGGGCGUCGACCUCAUCGACGAUCAGGAGCAGUUCAGCGAGGCGGUGGCUACCGGGGAGUGCUCAAGCGACCCUGGAGACAUUGGCACAGGAAGCUCGGCCCCGGCGCCCGCGCUGGAGGAGAGUGAUGAAGUCGAUACGCUCCUAGACGACAGUGGGCUCGAAGCUGGUAUCAAAUUCACCGACGAUGCCAAAGACAGCGAGCCGGAGAUCGACGUCAUCGAGACCACCGAGUCUGCGGGCUUGACUGGGCUUGGAUCCUGCAGCACCGUCGUCGAAGUCAAGCAGGCGUCCGUGCUACACGCCGAGUAUGCAGACUCCACAACCGAGGAGGAGACUGAGGUAAACGGUGUGGCCAUCGGCUUCUUCAUGAAGGCCGCAGAAGAGGAACGUAUCCAGGUGUUCGACAUCUCCAUCAUGGAGGAGGGCGGCGACGACUGGAAGACGGUCAUCUCCCGCAAGGAGUCCAACGGAGCGAUGGGCGGCGUGCAGACGUUCUCUUUCUCCUCCCUCACGACCCUGUCGAAGUGUGCGCCAAGUCGGCAAAAAAAGAACGCCCUGUUCGGCGGCAUCCAAGCCAUCGGAGAAGAGCUGGGAACGCUCGCCGGGGAGGUAUGCUCGGCACCGACGAAGCUGGUCCCCGCCGGCGCCAAGGCCAGCGGCACCGAUGACGUCAGGGUUCUCUUCGACGGCAACUACGAGACGCGGUGGUCCACCAUCAACACCCAGAGCGAGUCCGACCUCUCCAACGACAUAGUGCAGCUCACCUUCACAGGCGACAUGCGCGUCUCUUCUCUCAACAUUGCCUUCUUCGACGGUCACCUCGCGCACCAGUACUUCUCCGUCUACAUCCAGAGUGCCCACGCCUACACCUGGACGCCCGUGAUGCUCAACGAGCAGGCCGCCACGCAGGUCAGCAUGCAGACCUUCUCCAUCGACCUGGACGGUGUGCACAAGAUUUACAUCGUCGGCAAGGGAAACGACGUUGGAGCAUACUCCAAGUUUUCAGAGGUCGAGGUCUACGGAUGCUAA